CUUGAAGCAUGUUCACAUGAAGCCAAAAGAGCUAAUUUUGAUUCCAAGGUUAAGUAUUGGCGCUAAACGGUCAGCCAGGUAUAUGUAUGAUGGCCGCCCUCGUUCUCCCUCUAUCAAGGUUUCUCUCAUCUGUUUGAUGUUUAUCGUGUCCCCUUGGUUUCAACACACUCACCACACAAGAUGCCUUCCACAACAUCAUGCUUGUCGUCGCCUAACACGACCCCAUUCCUCAUCACAGUACAGGAUGCUAUUCUGCUGGAAGACUCGGAGGGUUUUAGCAUUCUCCGUGAUCACCUUUCAGUUGAAUGCUGCAACGACUUCUGCAAGGAUCACGAAACAGAUGUCACAGAGGACCAACAAGCCUGGAUCCUCAUGAGAGAUAUACUCCAUGCUCUGCUCGCACCUGUUGUAGCACUACAUGAUCAUACAACAAGGGUCGCCCAGAAGUUCACCAAGGCUACCAAACCGGAGGACAUCGAAUUCGCUUUCAGGAACAAGGGACGCAACGCGUUUGUUUGGCUCACAUCAUUCCUGGCCGAUGACGAAGACUGGUGUCUCAGCAAGAACUGUCCUGCGUGUGUAGUCCAGCACGCCUUGGAUGCCGAGUUUCAGAUCCGCCUAAUGGCCGCGGCAUGUUUGCUAUCAUGCGCAAAGGGCCCGGAGCCUGGCGAUGGGCCCACCCUUCCCUCAUUCGACUUCUUCCUCCGUUCCCUUCGUGAUGCCCUCAAGGAAGACGAACUAUGGGGUCCGGACUACUACGAAUACAUUGAACCCAAGGCGGAGGAUCUGAACAUGGGAAUGCAGGACUUGAUGCGCCAAUGUGAGAAACUUGAGCUGGCCAUGACACCUCCCGGAACCCCAGAGGAUACACCACUUCCCUCAUUCUCCUACUUCUCUGAGCGCAGAAUGUCCCUCAUGACACCGACCAAGACAAUUUAUCCGAGAAGACAAUCAGUGGUGCCGGGCAUCACUAUCAAGCGCUCCAAGUUGGCCAAGGUUCAAAUGAAGAUGGCGCAGGAAGAGGAGCAGUGGCUUCAGUCUUUCGUCCAAAACGCCUGGCAAACACUCAACCCUUUCCAAAUCCAGAUGCCAUCGAUGAACACAAUCGCGCGCCGCAUGUCGCUCGUUGCAGGCCCCUGAAUGAGAUAAGCGGCUUGCUUUCCCAAGAAAAUGCAUCACUGUUUUCUGGAAGCCCCAAUGCAAAUUCUACAAGCCACAGCCGGGACGGCAUCGCCCAACAA